AUGAAGUCUUAUCUUGAGGCUUAUGAUUUGUGGGAAGUUGUAAUGGAAGACAAACCCAUACAACAACUCACUGAAAAAUCUUCUGAUGUUGAAAUCAAACUUCACUCAGAAGAGAAAAUCAAAAAACACAAAGCCAAAAUUGUAAUUCAAAAUUCAGUUGCAGAUUCAAUCUUUUCUAAAAUCAUUGCAUGUGAGACAGCAAAAGAAGCUUGGGAAAAACUUGAGAAGGAGUACCGAGGAAGUGAACGAGGCAGACAAAAUCAAAUUCUGAAUUUGAAAAGAGAUUUUGAAUCUCUUAGGAUGCAAGAGGGUGAGACUAUCACUAAUUAUUCUGAUAGGAUUUCCUUGAUUGUCAACAGAAUCAGGUUGCUUGGUGAGGAUUUUAAAGAUAAUAGAAUAGUUGAAAAGAUUCUUGUAACUAUUCCCGAGAGAUUUGAGUCUAAAAUCUCUGCUUUGGAAGAGUCUAAAGAUCUCUCUACCAUCUGUCUUGUUGAAAUAAGUGCUCUUCAAGCACAAGAACAAAGAAGAGCUUUCAGACAAGAUAAAAUUGUUGAAGUAUACGGAAGUUGCAAACAAACAUGUCAUGUUACAAAAAUGUGCAAGUUCAAAGACACUCAAGAUAAAUCACAAGCAUUACUAGUAGAAGAAGAAUGUGAGGAUGAAUUUUAUUAG